AAUGGAAAAUCCUGGUAUUGGUCGUUUGACAUUCCAAAUGGGCCAAAUAGUUUACCUAUUCAAACGAAUUAUAGCAGUAGUUCACUUGGCAAAAAAGGAAAUAGUUUGCUUUUGUGAAAAUGGUAUUGCGUUUGGUUUCUGGGUGUAUUUGAUAAAUGUAACUGGUUCUUCAUUAGAAAUCUUAUCAACUGUAGAUGAAUCUGCUUCAUCUAUGGGUUUUCAGAUAAGAUAUAACUCUUAUGAACAUAAAAUUACUUUUUCUGUUUUUCGAAAUGGAAGUAAAUUUGAGAUAAGCACACUUUUACCUGAUCAAGCUGGUAUCAACAAUUGGAUGCACGUUGCUGGAUCAUGGAAUAGAGAGUAUAAAUUUCAACUUUUAUGGUUGAAUGCAAACUUACGUAAUAUAACAGAGGAGGAGACAACAUCCUCAUCAUCAGAGCUUGGAGGUAGAUUGAGAAUUGGAUCUACAUGUAAUGGUUCAUUUAAAAUUGAUGAAUUAUUUAUUAGAGAUAAAUCAUUUUCUUUUAGCGAUGUCUUAAAUAUGCAAGAUACUCUAAUAAAACCUGUUGACAAUGUUAUUACCUUAAAUUUUGAUGAUAUCUACGAAGGAUCAAUAUUAAGUGGAUUACCAUUUGUCUCGGCUCCUGCCUACAACUUGCAGCUUUCCGAAGGAAAAUCAAAUUCCGCAAUUAAAAUGAAAAAUGCUGUUUUAAAUAUUGGUUCAUUCCCUGACUGUUUUGGACAAGGUAAAGACAAAGAAGUUUGGUGUCCGGAUGGGUUUACCCUCCAUUUUUGGUUUAAAGUUGUCGAUUUUACCAUCUUUCCUCAUGAAAUAAUGAGGCUAUUUGGAAAUUCAGAUUUUAAUAUGGCAUUCACUGGUUUCGGUAUAUACAUAGAUCGAGCAGAAGAUAACGGUACUCCUAAGAACGCAUACGAUCUUUUUCUAAUAAUCUUUAAAAAGAAGCAUUAUCUAAAAUAUAGAAUUGGUGAAAUAUCAAAACCUGAAUGGUUUGAGAUUAUAUUAACAUUUGAUCACAUACUAGGAGGUUUUUCUAAAACAUUCGAAAACAAAGUGGAAUUUAUAGGUACACGGUUUAUACUGAAAGACAAAAGCAUUUAUCAUCAAUAUGAUGACCUUGGCGAUAGAUUAGAAAGCUUUAAUUUAGAUCUUGUUUUAGGAACUAAUACAAGCUUUCCGUAUAUGAUUGAUAGCUUUAAGUUCUACGGUAAAAAAUUUGAUGCAAACACAGCUGAACAAGGAUUUGAGAAUAUUGGAUCUGUUGAAGAUGGGGUUAUUUUUGAUAGAGGAGGCUAUAGUGACGAUGAAUACGGCUACGGAAUCUAUAUUCUAAACAAAAUGCUUGUUAUUCGUUUACAAACCAAGUAUUGUUAUUAUGAAUAUUCAAGAGAAGUAUUACUAGGCCAAUGGUUUCAUUUACAUUUUUCGCACGAAGAAUUAACCAUAGGCUUAAGAGUAAGAAUCAAUUCAUUUAUAGUUGGUCAGGAGAAGAUAUGCAAACCUAGAACAUAUAAGGAGAGAACAGAACCACUGAAGCAGUCUCUUGGCUAUCUAACAAAUUAUACAUUCUCUCAUAAUGAUUUCAUGUUCUAUAAACUUUACGUAUCGAACUCAAGUGAGAAAAGUCCUUUGAACGAUACAAAAUUUAUUGGAGAAACGGCUAGAACUUAUGCAUAUACGGUUACAUUUUGUAGUUUUGAAACAGUUGAUUCAUAUAAUUACGUAUCGGGUAAAAAAAAUUACUUAAUGAAUAUUGAUGAAAAUCAACCUCCUGUUCAAUUUAAACUAUACGAAAAUGCUAAAUUGGAUUAUGGAUCUGUAUUGUUUCAUAACUACUUGAAUCUAAGCGAUGGAUAUGCUAUUUCGUCAACUUACUAUAGACAUUGUUUUACACAUCCUGAAUAUUGUGCAAAUGCAUACUUUCAUUAUUCGUUUUGGUUAAAAUUAUCCGCCUCUUCUUAUGGCACUCACUUUUGGGUUGGAAAUGGAAAUUUCACUUUUCUAAAAGUGUCGAGUACCGAUCAAAAUAUUAACAUAACUGCCAGAUCAAAAACAAACGUUUGUUAUGCAUCUUCUCCCGUUCAAUAUGAUAAAUGGUUGCUUGUUCAAAUAUCUGUAAUUACUGAUAAUGCGGCGUUUAAAAUUGCUGAAAAUAUCACAUUUGAACUUCAAAGGAAAAAGCAAUGGUCUCUCUGUUAUGAUGAGGUUACAGAGUGGACAAGUUCCGAUGAGGGUUAUAUGGUAUUUGGAGCAGAUUAUAGCGAUAAUGUAAUCUCAGAUAAAGGAAAGGCAGCUAUAGAUGAUCUCUUUUUAUAUUUUGAUGGAAAUUAUAAUGAGAGAGAGAGAGGACAAUCUGAUUUCACUUAUGUUGGAGUCACAUGUAGUGAUUUCAGAUAUGAAGAAUAUUUUAAAGAAUUUGAAAUAUUUAGGCUUUCAAGUUAUAAAUACAGAUGUAAAUUUCCAGAAGAUAAAGAGAAAGAAACUAUAACGGAACUUGAAAGUACAGUUGGCCACAAUUGGACUUCCAUAACGACUGAAAUAAAGUAUUCAGAUUUUUAUUCUACCUCCAGCUUUAGAGGUGCUGUGCAGCAUCUUCUUCUCACUUCAAAGAAAUCUUUACAAUAUUUUACAAUAAAGUGUUUAGAAAAUUUUCAAUUAUUUAACACUUUGUCAAAUACUUACUACGAAACAAUAAGUAGAAGAGAGGAAAAAUUACCGGGAGCUAUAAGCGCUGGUACGUGUCCUUGUAGGAAUAAGAAUGAAUGUGAAAACGUUAAUGCUCCUUGCAAUUGCGAUGGCAUUAAUUCAAAUACGACUGAUGAGGGUUCAGUUUAUUUUGAUCAUACAAAAGAGGAAAGUAUUUCGAAUAGUGAGGUACCUUUUAAAGCCGUUAGAGUGCAAGAAUCUCAUAGUAUUACAACUGGUUUUGCUUGGAAAGUAAGUCCUCUUAUAGGGAUAGACGAUGGUCCGUUGGGUUUUUAUUUUCCUUUAGACGAUUCCGAUACAAACAAUAUGGAUCAGCGUUUUAUAUAUCAUCCAACAAAUUUUAUAAAAGUUGAAGAUGAAGGGCAUACUUGUUGGAAAGUAGAUAGUAAUGGUUUGACUAUUGAUUCAACGAAAAGGAAUGUCAAAUGUUUCAAGAAUAUUAACGAUUGUAUUAUGGGUUUUUCACUAGCUUUUUGGGUAAAAUAUCCCCAGAAAAUAUAUAAUCAGCAGACAAUAAUGUUAAAUCUAAAUCCGGAUGGAUUUCAAAUUGAGUAUAAAUCUGGAAAAAUUAUCUUUGCCGUUUAUCAAGAAGGUAACUAUUGGGAGAAUUCUAUUGAAACAUCAAUUGAUAAUUGGAUUCAUAUUAUGGUUUCCUGGCAUCCGAUUCUUGGUUCAAAAUUAUAUUUAAAUAAUAUUGAUACGAUAACAAUGAAUGGAGAAUAUAAGACGAUGACUGAUAAAACACACAGUUGUGUUAUAUACGGUUGUUCCUUCAAUCGAUUAGGCAUUGGUAGGAAUUUAACAGAUAAUUCUUUCUACAUGGACGAAUUUUACUUUUCACAAAAUGUUAUUUAUACUAAAGAAAACAGAUUAAAAAUAUACCAAAGCUUACAAAUCGAUUAUUUCCAUUUUUCUUUUGAUAAUUUAACAGCUUUACCAACUUAUUGGAACGGUACCAAUUUGAAACAGAUUAACGAACCCAUUGAAAAUGGUCUUCAAGUAGAUGAACUUUUAAUGGGACAUAGAGUAACUUGUCCAGUUAGUUUAUCAUUUUGUCCAAAUGGUUUUACGAUUGCUUUCUGGUAUAAAUUCAAUAUGGAGGAGACUGCAAGUCAAUUCUUUCAAUUAGGAAAGAAUAUUAAAUUGAAUUACGAUGGUGAUUCAACAGUUACUCUAUCAUCUAUAUAUUUUAAUGAUAUACUAUAUUUCCAUACGUCAAAAGGUAGUUGGCAUCAUUUAUUCAUAACCUUAAAUUCUACAAUGGUAGAAGUUUUAGUUAAUGGAAGAUUAGUGAACUCUUCCUACGUUACAAACAGUACUAAUAACGAUUUUACUUCAAUAUUAACUUUCAAUGGUAAUCAAUUAGGAGUUGAUGAUUUACAUCUUUUUACAACUUCCGUAAAUCAAAGUGUAUCCAAACUGUUAUCCAGUCAAUAUAGGCGUAGCUAUAGCUUUCCAAUGGAUAAUGUAACUUAUCCUAUUAAAUGGAAGGAUUCUGGUAAAUUAGUAGACGGCCUUAUUGGAAAAGCAAUUUUAGUUAAUGAAACAACAGAAACUUUUGUAAAAUAUUCAACAGAAUGCUUAUCAACAAUUGCUUGGUGUUUCGAAGGUUUUACCUUAUCAUUCUGGAUUAAUUUAAGACAGACAACUUCAACCGAGAAUCUCCUAUUAGAAAUAUCCAAUUCGGUUAUCUUCUCUUAUAACAGAAAUGAUAAGAUGAUAAUUAUAAAGAUUCGAGAAGAAACUGAAACGCUAUUAAUUCAGACGACAUUUAAUAUUUUAGAGUGGAAUCAUAUUGCUCUUAGCUAUAAUAAUGAUUCAAUUGUCUUGUUUAUAAACAAUAUCUUAAUAACAAAUGGAAAUUUAUCAAAAAUAAUAUCUAGCGGAAGUGCUCAUCAACCAUCUCCACUUCGAAUUGGAGGAAAUUUAAUCAUAGACGAAUUGAAAUUUGAUGAAAGCUCUUUAAAUUAUCGAAUUAUAAAUGAUACAUAUGAAAAGGGAUUAAUAUGGAAUAGGAAUUUAUCAUUUAGUAUGGACAAUUCAUAUGGAUUUCUUAAUGGCCAACAGACGUCUGGUACAAACUCAACGUCUGGACUGUUGGUUAAAUCGGGAUUAUUUUCAAAAGAUGCCACUAAAUUUUCAUUAAAUGGGCAGUUUAAAAUUGAUAAUUUACUGAAAGAUACUUGCUUUAGAGAUAUUACGUUAUGCUCUGGUUUUUCCUUAUCCGUCUUUGUAAAAUUGGAUGAAAACUAUAAUAAAACUGUUAUCUUAAAUUCUAGUUUAGUAAACUUCGUUUGUGAUAUUUUUAACGAAAGUUUACCUUUAAGAAAAUACUGCAAAAUUGAGAUAAUAUCUUCAAACAAGGUUUGGACUUCAAUUUAUCGCGUAAAGUUCGGCGUCUAUUUCCAUUUAUUCUUAUCGUGGAAUUUACAAGACGAUCUUAGCGUUUACGUUGACGGUUUACUUUUGGAAAGGUUAACGCCAAUACCGAAAUUAGAUGAUAAACUUUAUACAGUUCAAGAUAUCAUCAUUGGUGAUGGAUCAUCAGAAUUUGAAAUUGAUGAAUUGGAAAUAUUGAAUGGGAAGAGUGAAUUGAUUGAGAAUGUUAAUAAUGAAAUCCAUUAUGAGAUUGGUUGUUUGUCAACGAUAUCUUCAGAUUGGACUUUGAUGGGACAAGUAAAUAAUUCAUUGGAAUGUAGGAGAAACUGCAAGAUAAAUAGUGAAAAGAGUUUACUAAGCGAUACCAACUCUUGUUAUUGUUCCAAUCUAACUUUAAUUAAUUAUAGCGUCUGCAAUGGAUCUUAUUCAACAGUAUACAGAACUUGCGCCUUUCUACCAUUCAUUAAUCCGGAGAGGAUAAUCAAUUUUAACGCAACUGUCAACGAUCACUACUCAAUUGACAAUGAAAUUUUUAUAAAUGUUAACGAGACGUUUACGUUCAACUUGACAACUAACGAAAAUACUUUUGCCAUGUUUAGAAUUAAUUUAACGAAUGACGUCAUCCAUUUUACAUAUAUUCGUGAUUUUGAAUAUAAAUAUUCAAUUACUGGCGAAUUUAUAAUUGAAAGUCUGGCUAGAAAUGAAAAGAAUGAUGUAAUUCUAAGACAAACAAUACAGGUUAUCACUCCUAGAGAGUUGAUUAGAAAUUUAACAAUUCAAGGUCCAACGACAUUUGAAUUUAAUUCGACGCAAACGUUCACAUACUCUGCAAUUGGGGGUGGAACUAUGGCAAAUUGUUCAAUAUUUAUUAAUAACAUUCUCCAGGGAAGUAUGUUUGUAAAGAAUUUAACAAAAAUCACAACAUACGUUGAAAAUUUUACGAAAAGAGGACUAAACGAAUUAAAGUUGAUCUGCAAUAAUAAAAUAUCAAAGGAGGAAGUUUCGUUAAACAUUUCCAUAAUUGAAACAAUAAAGAAUCUUACAAUUCAACCAUUUUGGUUAAUGGACAUAAAUGACCCGAAGAAUAUUAGUUGGAAAGUUGAAUCAGGGAAUUUAAUUGAAUAUUCAUUACAUGUAAAUGAGAGUUUUAUAGUAAAAACAUGGGAUAAUUUUUAUCUUUUCGAUAAUUUUAUGAAUGAAACUGAUAGCUAUAUAAUAGAUAUAUACGCCAAAAAUAAUUAUUCAACAGCAUACGUUAAUGCUACUGCAAGGAUUGAAAGGAAGAUAAGUUAUUUCAGAAUAUAUUCUAACGGAUCCUAUUACAAAACUAAUGAAACUUUUGACGUUUUUAUUAAUUUAACUGGUUCAAAUGUAUGGCAAGAUAUUUCUUUCGAAUCAUAUUCAAUUAGUAAAUUUAUUCCUGGAGAUCAAGUUGAAAUGAUCAAUAAGUAUCAAACAAAUUUCUCCUCCCCCGGUUAUUAUUUAAUCAACGGAAGUGCCAGAAAUGAUUUAUCUUCUAUUAACGCUCUUAGUGAAUAUAUCUUUAUUCAAAUUCCUUUGGGGAAUGCCUCUUUGGAUGCUUUUAAUGUUACCCAUUAUCAAAAAGGGAUAAAUGUCAAUUUAACAUCCGAUAAUCUAGCUACAAAUGUAACAGUUAUUUUACAAUAUAAGAAAUUCGAUUCUCCAUCGUUCGACAUUUGCCAAACUUCCUUUAUAAAUGAAUUUAAUUAUGAGAAAUUAACUUGUACACCAAUUAAUCAAGAUGGUUUUUACUAUUUUAAGGCGGAAAUGUCUAAUAGAGUUUCGACUAAGCAGAUAAUAAACGAUGAAAUUAUACGAAUUGGAACGCCUAUUGGAAAUAUUUCUAUAGAUCAGGUGACGCCUUUAAUAGCUAAAACGUCCGAUACGAUAAAUAUCGGUAUACGAAUUACAGAUGGAAGUAAUGUUAAAUCUCGAGUGUUUUUAGGCUCAAUAAUGAAAAUAAAAUCCCAUAAUGGUCUUGUAAAUGGAUAUUUUCAAUACUAUUUUCAAAAUAAUCCAAUAGGAAUAUUUAAUAUUACUUUAGUAGUAUCAAAUAAUUUUGGAAUUGUUACAUCAAAGUAUAAUACAACUGUUGAAAUUCAAAAAGAAAUUCAAGAUUUUCAACCGAUAGGACCAUUUAUUUUCGAUUUAACAGAUUCUAAAAUAAUACGUUGGAAAAUAAGUCAAGGUUAUCCAAUAAACGCUACAGCCUAUAUUGAUAAUAUGCCAGUUUUUGUUGAAAAAGAGAACGAUACUCAUUUUUCAGUAAAUGCCAGUAGUUAUUUACUGUCAUACCGUCCAGAAUUUAAAUUAUUCAUUGACAAUAAAGUGAGCAACCUUAUAACGUUUUCAAAGAAUUUAACAGUUACAAAAAGGAUUGAAGGUCUCAAUCUACAAUUACCAAAAGCCCUAUUUAAGACGAAUGAAACCGUAAAUUGCACUUUAAGCUUUAAAUUCGGAAUUAAUAUUAAUGUUGAAAUAUUAACGAAUUCUACUCUUAAAAUUCCGACUGCAUUCCGUAUAGAGGAUGGUAAAGAUUAUGAAAUGAAAUUUUCGAUCCAAGGACCUCAGCCAGGGUAUUAUAGGUUAACGAUAAAUUGUUGGAAUUCUUUAGGUAACGCCAGCAAAUCUAUAUAUUUCCAAACGUUUAACGACGUUAUUGACUUUAAUAUAAUGGCUGAUAAUGUCUCUUAUCAUUGGAUGCCUGUCGAAAUAUUUCUGGCUUUUCCUAGCUUGUACGCAUUUCCCUCAGAUAUGGAAAUAAUAGUGUUAUUCGGGGAUGAAAAAGCCUCCAGCGCAGUCGAGAAAAUUGAUGAAUAUAAUUACAAAAUUAGCCAUAUUUAUCAAGAAGAUGGAUAUUAUAAGAUAUCAAUCCAAACGUCUAAUCCAGUUGGUAAUUCAUCAACGUCUAAAACUGUUCAAGUUGGACAAGGAAUUUCCUCUCUAUCAUUCUCUCUACCGACAAAAUCUCUAAUUCUUAAUCAAACUUAUACAAUAUCUUGCCAAAUAACCGAUGGUUCUAAUGUAUCAUUAUCAAUCGAUUAUUUUGGCGAAAGAGAAAGCGUCACUUAUAGAAACGCUACAACAAAUAAUAUAAUUCCAAUAAAUUUUACCUAUAAUAGAAUUGGCGUUUAUAAGAUAGGAUUGCGAGCGUUUAAUUUAUUUACUGAUAUCGAUAAAAUUAUCGAAAACCUAUUUGUUGAAGAAUUAAUUAAGAAAAUUGAAGUUAUUAAAACUAUUUAUAGCUCUCUUAGUGAUGAUAGAGCAAUAAUAAGAUGGAAUAUAAGUGAUGGAAAUCCUCUGUCUUGUCGAUUAACGUAUAAAGACAUUUCUAUUUGGAAUAUUAAUGAAAAUUGUAAUAAAUCUAGUAAGAUUGAUAUACAGGCACCGUCGCAAGUUGGUUCACAUAUUUAUAAUUUUACUACGUGGAAUCAUUUAUCCUUCCUAUCCGAAUCAAUUGAAUUAAUUAGAAUUAGAGAAAUUGAAUCAAUAUCAAUAAAACUCAUUGGGAAUUAUUUUCCAAAAGGAGAGACUGUUAAUAUAAGCGUCAUAAUUGAAAAAGGAUCAAAUUUUACAGCUCUACUAAAAUCUCAAUUUAUCAAAAAUAUUAAAACAUUCGUUUACAAAGGAGACAACAGCGAUAAGAAACAUUAUUGGUUAAAUUAUAGAUUCCAUAAUCUGGGACAAACUAAUUUAUCCCUUAAAGUUACGAAUAUACUAGGAGAAAAGACUGUAGAGAAAUCUAUUUUCAUUCAAGAUAGAAUUAAAGAAGUUUUUAUGGACGUAAAUAAUUUAAAUUCGUUUAGGGAAGCUGCUACUUUUGAGUUCUAUACGAAAAAUUCAUCAAUAUCUAUAGAAGAUGCAACUAUUAAAUUACAAACUGGAGAUGGUAGUUUGUACGAAUUUAAUAAUAUUAAUAUAAACAUAUCGAAUAAUUAUACAAUUAAACAUUCGUAUAAAUACGAAAGAGAAUAUGAUAUUAAAGCGAUUAUUAGUAAUAAGAUUAGCUCUAUAACUAGAAAUGUAAUUAUCCAAGUUGGAGAAUGUAUCAAGAAUCCGCUAUUCCUGUUGAAAUCGGCAAAUUUUACACCUGGAAGUUUAAUUCAGUUCACGUUAAACAUCACUGAAGGAUCUAACGUAACUUUAGCCAUAUAUAUAAACAAUAAUUUUGAAAAUAUCAUUAAAAUGGAAGAAAAUCAAGCUAUCUUUGAGAAAAUAUUCAAAAAUCAAGGAAAAUACAAUAUCACUGCUAAAUUUCAGAAUAAUUUCUGUUCUGUUAGUAAAUGGUUAGCGUUUAGCAUUGAAGAGAGGAUUGAAGGGAUAAAACUUCAAUUAAUGAAUACGCCUUUAGUCGGAUCGCCACUUCAAUUUCAAUUUAGCUAUUCAAAUCUCGGAUUAGAGCCCUGUCUUAUAUGGGAUUUUGACGAUUCGGGUCCAAGAUACAUAUAUGGUAGAGAAUCUUGUAGACAGAAUGACGCUAAUGCUAUUUUAAAGGAGUUUAAUUACGAGAGGAAUAAAUUAACUCAUAAUCAUAUUUGGAGAAAAGCUGGCUUAUAUAAUAUUUUCGUUUAUGGCUUUAAUAGCGUUUCCAGAAUAACCAAACGUUUAUCAGUAAGAGUUAUAGAAUGUCAGAAACCAUUUGUAGACAUUAGUGGUAUUGGUAAAACUUUGGACGAGGCCUUAGUUGUAUUUAGAUCGGAAAAACUAUCUUUACAAACAAUCAUAGAAAGUCGUUGUACAGAAGCCUAUCCUUUAGAUAUUAAGUGGAAAGUCUUUAAGGAUGGCGUGGAAUUAUUUAAGAUUAAUACCACUUUACCUUGGUUGAAUAUACCGUCUAAUGUUCUUCCCUAUGGUAUCAUCUUUUUUGAGGUUAAUGUAAAGAUCACUGAAUUCGAAGGAGUAGAGAAUACAGCUAGAAAAUAUAUUAAAGUUUUACCAACACCCCUAGACAUAAAACUAUCUGGAGGAAGUGGUCGUGCAGUUAGAUGGAACGACGUCCUAUAUAUAAAUGCCUCUUCUUCGGUUGUCGAUUCCGAUGGUAGUAGCGUUAAUGAAUUCAUGUUUACAUGGAAGCGUAAAAAUGAUAAACGAUGGACUAUUUUGGGAAAGCAAACUCUAGCCUCCAGUAGAAGAAAGAAGAGAUCUGUAUGUAAUUUUGGAUGUUUAGAAACAAUAGCCGAUCAACAAGGAACAAUCGAUAUUCAAGUAGAAGUGACACAAGGAUCAAGGAAAACUUCUGUUAAACAAUCAAUGGUAGUGAUGGAUGCCGCAUUCAUUCCAUCCAUUACUCUGAAAUGUCUUAUUAAUUGUAAAAGAAAAAUGAAUCCUUCAAAUCGUCUAACUUAUGCUUCAGAAUGCUUAAAUUGUCCUGUAAACAGCGUUUGGCAAUAUAAAUGGGAAUUAUUCGGCGAGUUUGAAAACGGUACACAUCGUAUAAAUAUUGAUGACAAGUUUGUCACCGAUAAGAACUCUAAGGAUUUUUCUCUAAAAGGAGGAGUUGUUCACUCAGGUUACAAAUAUAAACUUAAAUUAACAAUGCACAAUUCCCAAAGUUAUGGAUUCAUCGAGCAAGCCUUUAUAACCAAUUAUCCACCUUAUAAUGGAAUGUGUAAAGUAGAGCCUAAUCAAAUUAUAUCUCUGAUUCAUAAAUUGAAGGUUGAGUGCUCAAAUUGGGCUGAUGAAGGUUUACAAUUAACUAGAAGUCCUGCCGAUGACUUCUUUCAAAAUAGAAAACUAGUUUAUCAAACUUUUCUUAAGCAAAAUUCAGAUUGGAUUUUACUUCAUACUUCGGAAGAAAGUUCAACUCCACCUAUGCAUUUACCAGUUAAUCCUAAUACGGAGAUAAAAGUUAAAAUAAUAGAUUCGUACGAUGCUUUUAAAGAAGUAUUUUUAAUAGCCCACGUACAACCAUUUACAGCUGGUUUACAGGAAAUACAUUCGCUUAUUAAAGGGAGUAGUAGCGAAUUAAAAUUUUCUACCCUUUCUAAGAAUUUCCAAGCCAACUUACGAAUACAAAAUGCUAUCGCCGGUCACCUUAACUACAAACCUCCUUGUUCUCCGAAUAAUAAUUUAAAUAUAACCGAUAGAAAACAACUUCGAAAAGAUCUAAUUGAAACAUUUUCGAAUACGUCUAUAUGGUUGGAAACUAGUUCAGCUUUGAGGCAGGGAGCGUCAACUUUAAAUCAAUUAAUAUAUGAAACGAAUGAAAUUUCAUCCGAUUCAGCGAGAGAAACGUCGGAUUUGUUACUUAAAAUGGCAACAAAACUAUCAACUAUUAAUGAUGAUAUUUUCGAAGACGCUCUAACUACAGCCAAAGAAAUAUCGAAAAUAAUAGCAAAGUGCGUAGAGAAGAGUUAUCUGUCAGUGCCGUUGAGUACUAAUCUACCGGACCUACCGCCUAAGGAGAAAGAAAAACUCUUGAAAGAAAUUGAACAAAAACAACGGAAAAUAUACGAUUACGAAAGAAAAAUUGCUGAAAUUAUUUUAACUACAACAAUUCAAUCGGGGGAUAUAGUAACGUCGGUAUUAUCCAACUUUCAAAUGCCUAAUGAAGAAACAAUCGAACUUGGAAACGACAAUUGGAAUAUGAAAAUAAAGAAGAUAUCUAAAGUAUCGUUAUAUAUGUCGACCUAUAUGAACGGGGAUGCGAGAGUUGUGUUUCCAUCGGUAGCUUCCAACCUACUUAGAGGCUAUAAGGAGAAAGAUGUCACUUUACAGAUUAUAAGCUCAAAAGAAAAUCCAAUCUCCUGGGGAAUUGAUAAUGGAAAAUUGAUAAAUUCUGGAAUAUUGGGGAUAAAACUUUUUGACUCUUCAAGAAGACAAAUUUACGUUAAGAACCUAACCGAAAAUAUAAUUUUAAAAGUGGAUAAAAUGAAGAAGAAGAGAGAUAUCUUUUAUAGAAUGAAGGCAUACGAUUUAGAUAAGAGGGAAACUAAUAUUAUUUCUCAUAACGUUUCGUAUGCCUAUCCAACUAGAGCCAUCAAUUUGAAAUUAGUACCAAAGCAGAGGAAAGAACCCUUAAUUAUCUAUGUAAGAAUGAACGAAAAACCUACAAGUGAAAAGUACGAUUCCUUAUAUUUUCUGCCGUCAAACAAAAACGGAUUUAAUCAGGUCAUUCCAGUAGUCGGAAAUGGUACUUGCUAUAUUGGAGUUAAAGCUAAAAAUCAAAUAUCCUAUAUGGAAUAUGGUAUUAGUAUUGAAAAACUGACGUGUAUGUUCUGGAGUACUACAGAUAGAGAAUGGAAAGAUGAAGGAUGCCGAGUGUCGGAUAAUCAGGAAGAUAAUAGUCAGGUUCUAUGCGAAUGUAACCAUCUGACAUUUUUUGGGUCAAAUAUAAUAGUAGCUCCGAAUCCUAUUGAUUUUAGUUCGGUAUUUGGAAAAUUUAAGACGAUUGGGGAUAAUAUCGUUGUAUUGGCGUUUAUUAUUUCUAUUCUGGUACUAUUUUGGAUAUCUUUAUUUAUUCUUAGAAAGCUCGAUAAAAGCGACGAAAUUAAAUGGUCUAUGAGGAGUUUGUUAGAUAAUUCGGCAUUCGAUACUCAUCAUUACGCCCUUAUUGUAAGAAUUGGGUAUAAGAAGAACUCGGGUACGAAAUCCGUUAUUAGAUUCAGAAUUCAGGGUAAUGAGGGAAGUUCUCACGUGAGAACGUUGUAUGAUGGAUACCGUCAAGAAUUAAGACCAUCGAACAUCUAUCAUUAUCACAUGACCACUAAUCAGAGUUUGGGUAAACCAACGAAUUUACAGAUAUGGAUUAAUCCAGAUGAUAAUAAUAAAUAUGAUUCGUUGCUUCUAGAAGAGAUAAUUGUCGUCGAUAUUUCAACGAUGAAUAAGCACUAUUUUUACGUUAGUUCUUGGUUGACUGAGACUAAUCCCUGCUUAUACGUAUCAACAAUAGAGGGAAAGGAGAUUCUAAAAUCUUCUAGGCUAUGGCCAAUGUGGUUAAGAAGAAAACUUACAGACGAUCAUCUAUGGAUCAGUGUUUUGUCAAGACCUACAAGAAGUGUUUUCAACCGGUUACAAAGGGCUUCCUGCUGCUUAUCAUUGAUAACAACAUCUAUGCUAGCUUCAGCUAUGUUUUAUAGAACAACAAAAGAUGAGAGUGCCGAUAGCGUUAUUAAAUUCGGGCCCUUAAAAUUUUCUUUGCAACAGCUCUGGAUUGGGGCCAUGUCGGGUCUGGUUGUUGUUCCCGUUAACCUUCUUAUUGUAACUAUAUUUAGGAAAUGUAGCCGGAAUCCUAACUCUAAAGAAAAGAAGUUACUUCCUUCUUUCUUGAUAUUUGUGGCUUGGCUGCUAAUAUUCUUAUCGGUAUCGACGUCUUGUUUCUUUGUUCUAUUAUAUUCACUUGAAUGGGGAAAGGAGAAAUCGGAAGAGUGGCUAACCUCAAUGCUAGUUAGCUUUUCUCAAUCCGUUCUACUAAUACAACCGUUAAAGGUUUUUGCCUUGGCGUUUAUCUUAUCUUUCAUCUUUAAAAAAUCCGAUUCAGAGAUAGACGAUAAAGAAUUCCUUCAGCAUGUUGAAAAUGAGAGAGUUGCCACCGAAAUUUGUUCAGAAUAUCUACAUCUUAGAGUACGAAAUACAAGUAGUGGAGUUCCAAAGCCGUCUUUAGAGCACAUGAUCGAUAAUUAUAUAAAUCUAAAACAGGAUAAGAAGGCCGAAAAUGCCAUAUUUAAUAUAAUAACGGCGUUAAUAUAUGUAUUUUUAUUGUUCUUUAUAAGUUACAAACAAGUUCCUUUGAGUAGUUUUAGAAUUGGCGAAACUGUUCGAAAUGGAUUUAUUAAAAAUCUUGAUAGUAUUUCAAAGAUAAAAGACGUCUAUAUAUGGGCUAAUAAAUCGUUCCUUCCGUCCAUGUUUGAUGCAGAAGACUAUAAUGGAACGCCUUUACAUUGGAGAGAGAAGCGUUACAGUUGUUUUAAUGGGAAUAUGUUCAGAGUUGGCUCCAUCAGAUGGCGUCAGUUAAGAGUUUCUACAGAGCCUUGCAAACAAUUGGAGCAUGUUAUUAAAAAUUGUUCAUACGAUUUAGACAGCGGUAACAUAGAUAAAACAACGAUUAGAGAUAAAAAAUUGCCCAAAUAUAUGCCUAAUCCGAUGAAAUAUAUCGAGGGUAACGACGUAAUAACUGUUGCGAAAAGAAAUAGUUAUCCGUCGGGAGGUUACAUUUUUGAACAUAAUACGCCUAUUCAACCGAGUAAUGACUGGUUAGACGCUCGUACUAGAGCUGUUAUUAUAGAAUCUACACUAUUCAAUCCAAAUUCAAAUCUAUUUGUUCAUAUAACAAUUGUAAUUGAACAGAGUAUGGAUCUUUCAAUAAACGCAUGGAAUCAUAUUGCUAUUAUUGACCUUUAUCCGUAUAAUUCUGACUAUGGUGUUUUCAUACUGAUUAAGAAGACAAAGAUGAAAUAUUUUACAAACUUAUGGAACAUAACUGGCAUUACAAACAAUAUUCUGUGUUUAGCCGGUUUAGGCUUAUUUAUAACCAAAUUAGUAUUAAGAAGAAAAGUUAAAGAUUCCCUUAAAGAUGAUUUCGUAGAUAUGCAACAUUUGGCUAUUGUAAAUGAUUUUGUACUUGUUAAUAUUGUUAUUUGUCUAAAUUUUCUUAUGUCUAUACUGAACGAUGCUCAUUUACAAGCUAAACGAGAAAGUGUUAAAUCGAAAAUUCACAUUCUAAGAUAUUUAAAACGGAAGAUGAGCGAAACUACCCAAGAGCUAAAAGCUACUUUUACAAUUGAAACGGAAAAGAAAACUUGA